CUGAGGUCGGGCCUGGCGGGCGCCCGCCGGGGUCUGUGGCUGAGGAGCCGUGUGCGCCCAGCACCGAAGCGGCCCGCUCAAGGAGGGUACCGAGACGGACGACAGCGAGGCCCGGAGGAGCACGGAGAUGUCCCGUGUGCGCCGCCUCCUGCUCGGAUACCUGUUCCCAGCCCUCCUGUUGCAUGGGCUGGGAGAGGGUUCUGCCCUCCUUCAUCCAGACAGCAGAUCGCAUCCUCGGUCCUUAGAGAAAAGCGCCUGGAGGGCCUUCAAGGAGUCACAGUGCCACCAUAUGCUCAAGCAUCUCCACAAUGGUGCACGGAUCACUGUGCAGAUGCCCCCAACCAUUGAGGGCCACUGGGUGUCCACAGGCUGUGAAGUAAGGUCAGGGCCAGAGUUCAUCACAAGGUCUUACAGAUUCUACAACAACAAUACCUUCAAGGCCUACCAGUUUUACUACGGCAGCAACCGCUGUACAAAUCCCACCUAUACGCUCAUCAUCAGAGGCAAGAUCCGCCUGCGUCAGGCAUCCUGGAUCAUCCGCGGGGGCACCGAGGCCGACUACCAGCUUCACGGCGUCCAAGUCAUCUGCCAUACAGAGGCCAUCGCUGAACAACUCAGCCGGCUGGUGAACCGAACUUGCCCGGGUUUCCUGGCUCCUGGGGGUCCUUGGGUCCAGGACGUAGCCUAUGACCUGUGGCAGGAGGACAGUAGCCACGAGUGCACCAAGGCCGUGAACUUUGCCAUGCAUGAACUGCAACUCAUCCGUGUGGAGAAGCAGUAUCCCCACCACAGCCUGGACCAUCUGGUAGAGGAGCUCUUCCUGGGCGACAUCCACACGGACGCUACCCAGAGGGUGUUCUACCGGCCAUCCAGUUACCAGCCUCCCCUGCAGAAUGCCAAGAACCACAACCAUGCGUGCAUAGCCUGCCGGAUCAUUUACCGCUCCGACGAACACCACCCUCCCAUCCUGCCCCCUAAGGCUGACCUGACCAUUGGCCUCCAUGGGGAAUGGGUGAGCCAGCGCUGUGAGGUGCGCCCCGAAGUCCUCUUCCUCACCCGCCACUUCAUCUUCCAUGACAACAACAACACCUGGGAAGGACAUUACUACCACUACUCGGACCCCGUCUGCAAGCACCCCACAUUCACCAUCUACGCUCGAGGCCGCUACAGCCGCGGUGUGCUGUCAUCCAGGGUCAUGGGUGGCACAGAGUUUGUGUUCAAAGUGAAUCACAUGAAGGUCACGCCCAUGGAUGCAGCCACAGCCUCCCUCCUCAAUGUCUUCAGUGGGAACGAGUGUGGGGCUGAGGGCUCCUGGCAGGUGGGCAUCCAACAGGACGUGACACACACCAAUGGCUGCGUGGCUCUGGGCAUCAAACUACCUCACACAGAAUAUGAGAUCUUCAAAAUGGAACAGGACGCCCGGGGCCGUUACCUGCUGUUCAAUGGCCAGAGGCCCAGCGAUGGCUCCAGCCCAGACAGGCCAGAGAAGAGGGCGACAUCCUACCAGAUGCCCCUGGUCCAGUGUGCCUCUUCCUCAGCAAGAGCUGAAGACUUGUUGGAAGAGAGUCAAGCCCAUCUGUAUGGUAGGGCAGCAGGGAGGACAGCUGGGCCCCUGUUACUUCCUGCCUUUGUCUGUCUCUGGACUCUACCACAUUGGCACAUCCUCAGAUAGAACACAUUUUCAAAACCAAGACUCUACCAUUUAUGACUCUUCACGUGGAGAAAAGACAGGACGUUGAUUUUUUUGAUGCGCACUUGAAUGCCUGAGAUCUGCCAUUACCUUUCCCCUCCCCCACCUCUUCCA